AUGUCAUUACAACUCAUUCCACUCGAUACCAUCACGAUCAUUGCUAAAUUUCUUUCAUUUUCCGAACAUCUCCAACUCAUGCUAAUCAAUACCAUUUGGUUCCAUCUUUUAAAUAGUGAUGAGAUGUGGAGAGGAAGAAUAACACAACUCGACUCUCAUCUUUCAAUUCAUGCCAAGUUGCUCAACAGGGAAGAACCCAUUAAACUCCAUGCAGAAAGUUCGAAUAUUAGAGAAAUUCUAAUGAAUAUUUAUAAAGAAACCAAGGAAUCGAUCGAUCUAGCAUAUAAAUUGAAAGAAUGUAAGAAAAUUAAAAAACUCAAAAACACUUGGAGUACUAAUUCGGAAGAAAUUGAAAACUUUACUAAAUUUUGUGAGAAUUUCAAAUUGGAGGAAUAUGCGAAUUUACUGAAAGAAUCAGAGCCAAUUAGAUGUUGCCUAGUUGGGCCACAUGCUAUUGGAAAGACCACUCUGUGUUAUUAUCUUCACCUUAGGAAUGAAAAAUCCAAAUUGGAAGAGUGGUUUUCUGGAUGGGGUCCCCAUUACUAUGAUUCGUGUGAUAUUGAUAGAAGUGAAGGUUAUUGUUUACAAUUAGUAGACACACCAGGUCAGGAAGAGUAA